AUGGACACGACAUGCAAGAUGUCAAAUCUGAAACACUACCUGGAGAUGGACACGAAAUGCAAGACGUCAAGGCUGAAUAUAUACCUGGAGAUGGACAUGGCAUGCAAGAUGUUACAGUUGACGACCCACCUGCACCUGACGCAGCUGGGCAGGGGCAAUGAGCCGACGAGGGGCAGCCUCUCGUGCGAGCAACACCCGCUGAAGGCGAAGUCGCGGAACAUCGUCCCGGGCUACAAGGACAAGCAGCUGCUCGCGUGCGAAUUGCAGACGAACGCGCCGACGCUCACGGACACGGCCACGGCGGUGAUCAUCCAGGAAGCUGCCAGCCAGCCAGGCUGGAACCUCGAGCAGGGCGACCUAGGAUGGCCGUUCGUCCCGGAAGGGACCAUCCUGAAGGCGAAGAAGGGCAUCCAUGGGUUGAACGAUGCACCUCUGCUGUGGUAUGAGGAGCAUCGCGACACCAUCCUAUCGCUUCCCCGGGCUUCGAGAUCCAAGCUGUGCCCGGCCCUCUUCAUCUUCCACGAUGAGAGGGGGACGCUGAUCGGUCUGAUCGGGACGCACGUCGACGACGAUCUCGUCGCGGGGUCGCCCGAGUUCUUCGCGAAUCAGGUGGCCAAGCUGAGGAAGGCGGCGAAGGUGGGCUUCCACCACUGCGGGCGCUUCCUCAAGCAGAACGACAACGGCACGAUCACAUGCAGCCAAAAGGAGUACACGGAGAGCAUCGAGAAUAUUCCCAUCUCGGCCGAACGUCGGAAGACGAAGGAGGCGAAGGCCACGGCGGAGGAAAGGGCGAUGCUCCACAGCGGCAACGGCCAGAUCCAAUGGCUGGUCCGUUCUACGUGGAUGGACUUGGCAUUCUGGCUGGUGGAAAGCCAGGCUAGGGCUCACGGCAGCGACCUGAAGGUGCAAGAUUUGCUGGACAACAAGCUCAUGAGCUGA